AUGCAGUCAGAGAAGGUGGAAAGCUUCAAGUUCCUCGGCAUACGCAUCAUCACUGACGAUCAGAAAGGUUCCUCCCACACAGACAGCGUUGUGAAGAAGGUGCAACAACGCCUCUUCAAACUCAGGAGGCUGAAGAAAUUCAAUGGCGCUCCGCUAAGUGGGAUGUCUUGGCCUUCUUCUCUGGCGGUUGUGGCUGUUUCCUUCUCUGGUCUCUUCACCUUCGUCUUCCUCAUGCUGGCCUGUCUCUGCUGCAAGAAGGGGCAUAUCGGCUUCAAGGAGUUUGAGAAUGCCGAUGGGGAGGAGUACCAGGCGGACCUGUCCACCCUGGCGUCCACUGCAUCCCAGAGCGGACCUGAUGUCUACAUCCUACCCCUCACGGAGGUGUCCCUCCCCCUGGCCAAACAACCAGGACGAUCAGUCCAACUCCUGAAAUCCACAGAAGUCGGCCGCCAGAGUCUUCUGUACCUGAAAGAGAUUGGCGAUGGCUGGUUCGGAAAGGUUCUCCUGGGGGAGGUGAAUGCGGGCCUCAGCUCCACCCAGGUGGUGGUUAAGGAGCUCAAGGCCAGUGCCAGCGUUCAGGACCAGAUGCACUUCCUGGAGGAGUCCCAGCCAUACCGUGCCCUCCAGCACCCAGCGCUCCUACAUUGCCUGGCGCAGUGCACUGAGGUCACCCCCUACCUGCUGGUCAUGGAAUUCUGCCCUCUGGGAGAUGUGAAAGGGUACCUGCGGGGCUGUCGGGCUUCAGACACAAUGACCCCUGAACCCCUGAUCCUGCAGAGGAUGGCCUGUGAGAUCGCCUCAGGACUCCUGCACCUGCACAAACACAACUUCAUACACAGUGACCUGGCCCUGAGAAACUGCCUGCUGACCGCUGACGUCACAGUGAAGAUCGGAGACUACGGCCUGUCACACAACAAGUACAAAGAGGACUACUUUGAGACGUCAGACCAGAUGUACGUGCCCCUGCGUUGGAUCGCUCCAGAACUCAUAGAUGAAGUCCAUGGCAACCUUCUGGUGGUAGACCAGAGCAAACAGAGCAAUGUCUGGUCUCUGGGAGUGACUAUCUGGGAGUUAUUUGAGUUGGGGAACCAGCCGUACAGACAGUACUCAGACAGACAGGUGUUAACCUACACCGUGAGGGAACAGCAACUCAGACUGCCCAAGCCCCUGCUCAAAAUACCCUUGGCAGAGCGCUGGUAUGAGGUGAUGCAGUUCUGCUGGCUCCAACCAGACCAGAGGCCCAAUACAGAGGAGGUCCACCUGUUACUCAGCUACCUGUGUGCCAAGGGGGCCAGCGAGGCCGAGGAGGACUUCGAGAGACGCUGGAACUCCCUGCGUCCCAACCCCAACGCCGACCAACGAAGCAGCAGCCUUCAUCACGGGGCCGGAGCCCUGGCCACUGACCUCCCCUCCUCCUUCCCUCUGUUGGAGCAGUUCUCUGGAGGUGACGGAUACCACAGCGAAUCAGGAGAUGAUAUACUGACCGUGACAGAGACCAGCCACGGUCUGAACUUCCAGUACAAGUGGGAGCAGACCCAGGCAGGGAUCGGGUCGGAGCAGCCUUACCACCACGCUGCCUCAUCCUCCAGCGGUACCCUGGGGGUCGUCAACCACCACUGUCAGGACCUAUACUACCCAGGUGGAAUGGUGGGGGGCAGUGGUGGGGUGGAGAUGGAGGGUCUCGCUCUGGGAGUGUCCCCUUCCUACUAUGAGCACAAGACGCUGCAUGUUUCUGGGGUCGGGGUCGGGGUGGUGCCGGUGCUUAGCGCCCGUUGUCCUUCAGUGAGCUCUGAGUACUACAUCCGCAUGGAGGAGCCUGGCGUGGACUACACCAUGUACUCCUACAGCCCAGACUACCAGGGCAGCCACGGGAGCUUCCUGACCAGCAGUGGCAGUGCAGACUCAGGGGAGUGUAUGAUGGGGAUGGGUCCCCCCCAGGCCCACUCCAAGCCUGUAGACUCCUACUGGUCGGCAGACGUCUGUAAAGAUGGGGGUGUUGGAGCGUAUAACUCUGACAUCUCCCUGACAAUGGAGCCCCAUGUCUCUGACUCCAGCCCCAUGAGACCAUGGGAGGCUGGUCACUACGUCUCCUACAAGGACCAGGACGGGGGGUACUACUACGAACAUUCACCUUCCAUGGGCAUAGGCCACCACAUGGGUCUGGGGAUGGACCAGCAUUACCUGAUGGGGCGGGAACACUCUCCCCCCAAGCCCCAUCUGGAGAGCUGGGGGUCCCGUAGCCUGCGUCAGGCCCUGGGAGAACUGGACAACCCUCUGGGGAUAUCUCCCUCCAUCAGCACCCAUCUCCAGGAUGGCGGUCCUCCUUUUGGGGUAGGCGACCCCUACUUGGAGACAACCCAGGGCCCAGGCUCCGUUAUUGGGAUGAGUAGCGUCACUGGCGGCUACUAUGACAUGAUGGGUUCUCUGAGUAAAACCACGCCGACCAUGCCAGACCACGCCCACUCAGUCAGCAUCACUAUGGCGUCAGAAGAGGCCCUCUUCAUCUGUCACCGGGGCAACGACUCAGAUGAAGAAGAGGAUAUAUUCUCAGAGAGGCUGAGGAGCAGCAGUAGUAACCUCUCCAACCCCUCCGCUAACAGUCUAGGCCUGGGUCUAAGCCUUGGCCGUAGUGGACAGGCUGGCUGUAGACAACUACAGGAUCUCUAUGAAGACUUCCACUACACUAUGCCCACUACCGACAUAGAGGACUCGUGGCCUGAAGAGCACUGCCUGACCUUCCACUCCUCUGUCUCUGCUGCAGUUAAACCCAUAGACUACCUGGAGGCUACAACUGCUUCGGCUAAUGAUAGUGGCAGUCUAGUCCUGGGGAACCAUCAUGCCCUGGUUACUUCAGGGGACGCCUGUAAUACCUACAUCUAUUUGUGCCACAAGGGGGAAGGGGAGAGGGACGUAGAGCCGCCACCCAUCGAGUGCUGCCACUCUCAUUUCGUCGACCCCCUCACAGGCUUAGUGGUGCGGAACUACACCCGGGACGACUACAGCGAUAAGAUUGUAGACAUACCCAACAACGAGGAAGAGAGUGUGAAUCUGUCGCCAGCACCGGGAGGUCCUAAACCAAUCCUAACGCACAACACUAAGACCAGCACAACCCCUCUAAACCACUCUGAGCAAUAUGUUGACAUCACUAUGGACGAUACCCUUUCAAUACACCAUAAGGAAGAGGUUAGUACGGAAGACAAAGGUGUUCUCACAGACCCUAAACCAGAGGGUGUGACUCUGACUAAGAUUCUGACCCUCUCCUCAGUGAAUGUUCCUGACCUAGUCCCCAUGGUCGAGCAAGAGUCAGAGCUGAGCCAUUCGUUAGACAGCUGCUUAGACAGAGACCACUGCUCCAGCAUUAGUCUAGUGGACAUCUCCGACUGCUGCACCGACGACGAUGAAGACGAUGACAUCACCGACUCGACCUCGGAGAUCUUCGCCGACGAGACGUCGGUUGGGGACCCUAACGCUUCCCCUCCCCUGGGCUGUCCCCUCAAGUCCCUGCAGAAGCAGGUGGGAACCCCCAAUUCCAUGGCCUCCAUGGACCUGAUGCCUUCAGCAGUCGGCUCCACCUGCGAAGCUUUCAGCCCCUCCAGCUCCUCCCACCCAUCUAGCUCCUCCCCCAAGGCAAUGGACAGUGGGUACGACACAGAGAACAAUGAGAGCCCAGAGUUCGUCCCCAAGGAGCCCCACAAUGAGCCUCGGGGCUCAGAGACAUUCACACAGCCACUGGGGGAGUCUGUCCUGGACACCAGCCUGGAUGAGGAGGGGGAGGAGGGGGGGGAGGAGGCCGAAGUGGCCCCACUGGAUGAUGAGGAUGAACCGACCCUGGAUGAAGAUGUGCCUCUAGCAGCCUCACAGACCACAGACAAAGAGAACGGUCUGACCCCACUAAGUGAGAAGAACCCUUACAGGGACUCUGCCUACUUCUCUGACAAUGAGAACGAACGUCUUUAUAGGGAUGAGGGGGACAAAGUAGGGGGUGAUGAAAGUGGAGGAGUGGAGGAGGGAGAAGUGGAAGAGAGGCUGACAGAGAGGAGGGAACUCAGCCCUCUUCAGAUAGAGGAGGAAGAAGAGGAGGAAGUGGAGACCUCAGCUCCUCUUCUGGAGGAGAGUGAAGACCCAGAGAUGGAAGCAUGCCUGACAGAAGAGUGCACCCAGGAUGAAGGGCUAGAGCUGGGGCUAGAGCUAGAGCUGGCCUCCAUUCUCUCUGGAGAAGUAGAGGCAGGGUCGGAAGGAUGGCCUGCCCAGGAGAAACACUCUUCUCUGGGAGACUGGGGUGCAGAGGUGGUGGGGGCUAUGGAGGAAGCCCUGGGUGAACUCCAGAGGAGCAGCAGUACUGAAACCAACUCUGGUACCAAGGAGAAGGGGGAAGAGGAUGAAGGAGAGCAAAGGGACAUGGAGGACUCGUCUGAAGCCUUAGAAACAGUAGACGUCCUAGAAGAAGCAUUUACCAAAAUGCCAGAGACCCUCGAGAAGGACGAUAAUGAUGAAGAGAACAGUCCUCCCGCACGGCGUCGACGCUUCUCCUUCUCUCCUCCCCCUCCCUCCACCCCUCCUCUCUCCUCUCCUCUCCCUCCCUCCACCCCUUCUCCUCCUCUCCCCCCGAUGACUCCCCGUCUGGGCUGGGACUUGCCCAUGGAUGGGGUGGAGGCGGACGAGGAGGACGUAGAUGGUGACUCCGAUGACAGUGAGUCAGACGAGGAGCUGAGCAGUUACAGUGUUCAGGAGGAGCAGAUUGGAGGAGAGGAGAGCGGGGAGGAGAACCAUGCUGUACCCAUUGUGUUGAGCGACUGUAGCGAUGCUCAUAACCUACGUAGUCUACUGAAGAUGCCCACCCCGCUCACCACCGAGUUGCUCGCUGAUGACCUGGUGGAACGCAAGAAGAAAGUGGUGUCCUUUUUUGAUGACGUCACCAUUUACCUGUUUGACCAGCAGAGUCCCACUAAAGAGCUGGCUGAGCAUGGGUUCUCUCCAGGGGCUGAGACCAGCGGACAGGGUUCACUGGUCAAACAACCGACCUCUGAUGACUCCUCAGAUGGAAAUAUCUCAGAAGAGAGUGCAGGGUAUGAGUGGGAGGAUGACUUCCCCCUUUUGCCCAUUCCAACUUCCUCAUCCAAGAUGGCUGCCUCCUCCUCAGGCUCAUCCCCCUCCGUACCCAGCCUGCCCUUCACCUCUAAGGCCCCGGAGCCCAAACCAGCAGUGCGGUACUCCCGCUUCACAGUCUCCCCAAGCCACGUGUCUCGCUUCUCCAUCACACACGUCUCUGACUCUGAUGUGGACUCUGGUCCAGGGAGCAGUGAGGAUGCAGUAUUAUAGAACCACACAGCCACCCAGAAACUGCAGGAACUGCACCAUAUAAACAUGUCUGAGCCUCUAAACACGACUUUUGUUUAGUGCUUUUUUUGGACAUCAUCUUUCUGAAAAGACAGAUUGUUUAUGAACACUUGUUGAACGGAGUCUGUAAAACGGAUGUGAAAGCAGAGAAUCAACACCGAUGAGAAUAUAUAAAAUACUAAAUGAUGGUAAUAUACACAGAAGAAUAUAUGUUGAAUGAUGGUAAAGACAUAUGUUGCAUUCAACGUAUUUUUGGGAACAAAGAGAGAAACUAAAGACCAAACGUGUUGCUCGUUUGCCACCACAGACACUCAUUAUCAGCAUGUUAUGGAGAACCACACAACAAUACCGCUUGUUACGUGGAAGACAGACAAUCAUUUUAUUGAUCAACUGUUUAACAUAGAUAUCAAAACAGAAGACACAAUUUACAGAACACCCCUCUCAGAGACGGAGGGAGUGAAAAGCAAUUAAGGAAAGGACACAAUGAAGGUUUUUUUCCAUCAAAUGGAUCAGUGUUUGAAAGUGACUAUACCAAGAACAUAUCUUUGAGACAUGAGUUAACUCGUCUUCAUAAAAAUAUCACAAAUAAGGAUUGAAGGAGAAUUUUGUAAUUCUAGUGUUUUCUCAAAGGAGACGGACCACCACUGUAUAUGGGCCUUGUGAUUUCCACCAAUACGUGUGCCAGAGUCACUAUUCCCCUCCAUCUGUCAGUAUGGGUCACUAUUCCCCUCCAUCUGUCAGUAUGGGUCACUAUUCCACUCCAUCUGUCAGUAUGAGUCACUAUUCCACUCCAUCUGUCAGUAUGGGUCACUAUUCCCCUCCAUCUGUCAGUAUGGGUCACUAUUCCCCUCCAUCUGUCAGUAUGGGUCACUAUUCCCCUCCAUCUGUCAGUAUGGGUCACUAUUCCACUCCAUCUGUCAGUAUGGGUCACUAUUCCCCUCCAUCUGUCAGUAUGGGUCACUAUUCCCCUCCAUCUGUCAGUAUGGGUCACUAUUCCCCUCCAUCUGUCAGUAUGGGUCACUAUUCCCCUCCAUCUGUCAGUAUGGGUCACUAUUCCCCUCCAUCUGUCAGUAUGGGUCACUAUUCCCCUCCAUCUGUCAGUAUGGGUCACUAUUCCCCUCCAUCUGUCAGUAUGAGUCACUAUUCCCCUCCAUCUGUCAGUAUGGGUCACUACUCCCCUCCAUCUGUCAGUAUGGGUCACUAUUCCCCUCCAUCUGUCAGUAUGGGUCACUGUUCCCCUCCAUCUGUCAGUAUGGGUCACUGUUCCCCUCCAUCUGUCAGUAUGGGUCACUAUUCCCCUCCAUCUGUCAGUAUGGGUCACUACUCCCCUCCAUCUGUCAGUAUGGGUCACUAUUCCCCUCCCACUGAAGGCCUGGGGCGUUAUCAUUAGUGCAGACUGACAAACAGUUGCAGAACGCUUUGCCAAGCCAAUGAGAGUUAAUAUCGGACAUAUUCAGCUAUGUCCUUCUCCGUUUCGUUUCUUUUACAGACAUCCCUGGACUUAAACUAUUGUGUGAAUCCACCAAGUCAGUUUUGAGGGAAUAUCAUUGAUGACUUUGAAUAAAUGCUGUACUCCCUUUUUUAGGACUUGAAAUUAAUGUGCUUUGCAUGCAGAUAGUGGUGGAUAAACACAGCUUAUGUUGGUUUCGGUCUUCUCCCCAGAUGAGGGUAAGCUGCCUGUCCUUACCCUCAGAGUUGAGCUUCACUGCACCACAUACUGUGUAAUAUGUCUUCUACUCUUGAGGUGAACAUCCUUCGUGAUACGAUCAAAGAACAUUUUUUUAUUCUGAUUCUGAAAAUGGAACUGCAGUACAAGUACAACAAGCUUACUAAUACCAUAGAUACAGUAGCAUAUCCAUUUUUUUUAUAUAUAGGAAACUUUUGAUGAAAUAUUCACUUUUAAGAAAUAUGAAACUUUAAAAUGCAACUUAAAGAAUGGAAGAACAAACAAAUGAUUUUCAAGUGGCUUCGGUAACAUGUUGAAGAUGAAAUAAUCAAAUAACUGUUGGAAGACUACAGAACCGAGAACUGGUUUGGUCUUAACGUAUUGUGAUCAGCUGUGUGGUCAAUGGGGUCGGUGAUGUCACAUGGAUUAGUCAGUGUAUUGUAUUUUCACGACUUUAACAAUGGAAAAUACAUUUUGAAUUCAUGGACUUUUUGACUCUGCUGUGUAUGUGAAAAUAUGGUUGCUAUAGAAAUGAAAAGGGAUGGAUGUGGUUGUAACAAAGAACGCAUACAGUCCAAUCAGCCUGCUAUACCAGCCUGAUAAGCCAAUCACUGUAGCAUGGUCUCAGGUCCGUUUGUACCCUCUUGCCUACUCCAAUGACCAUACUGUAGGUAGGCAAGACAGUACAAACUGAUCUGGGACCAGGCUAAUAUCACUCUAGUCUUUAGCCUCAAAGAACCAGGUUGUCAAUUUAGUUCAAAACAUAGAUAUGGAAUUACAUAGAUUCUAUUUCUAUGUUUUAAAGAUUACUCAUGCAGUAAGUGUGUUCUGUUUAGUGUUUGUUAGCCUUUCUAGGGAUUUACUAUUCUGUAAUAGUUUAGCAUCCAUAGAUCUAUCUAGAGCGCUGUCUGUAUGGACUAUUUUUGUAUCUCAAAAAAGAAAAAUUACAUUUUAAGAAUAUCAAGAAAUUACCUGGAAGUGAGUUAAAAGUACAUGUAUUUAUGUUUUAUUGUUGCCAAAGAGAAGUAUUCAAUGAAGUCUUGGGGCAAAUAGGAACAUAGGAUAUUUGAUCUAGAUUGUUUUAACCCACUAGUGGUGAGACUACAGCCUGGGUACCAGUCUGUUUGUGCCUCCUCUCAUGUCACUCCUGGUGCCCAGGCUAGUGAGACGAAAGGGAUGUGAUGAUGAGCAAUGUAAGGCCUUGCCCUGGUUGUGAUUUAAACGACCAGGACUAGUUUAGGGAUGCUGUCAGUAAGAUGUGCCCUGGUCGUGAUUUAAACGAGCAGGACUAGUUUAGGGAUGCUGUCAGUAAGAUGUGCCCUGGUCGUGAUUUAAACGACCAGGACUAGUUUAGGGAUGCUGUCAGUAAGAUGUGCCCUGGUCGUGAUUUAAACGAGCAGGACUAGUUUAGGGAUGCUGUCAGUAAGAUGUGCCCUGGUCGUGAUUUAAACGAGCAGGACUAGUUUAGGGAUGCUGUCAGUAAGAUGUGCCCUGGUCGUGAUUUAAACGACCAGGACUAGUUUAGGGAUGCUGUCAGUUAGAUGUGUCCUGGUCGUGAUUUAAACGAGCAGGACUAGUUUAGGGAUGCUGUCAGUAAGAUGUGCCCUGGUCGUGAUUUAAACGAGCAGGACUAGUUUGGAAAUGCUGUCAGUAAGAUAUGCCCUGGUCGUGAUUUAAACGAGCAGGACUAGUAUGGGGAUGCUGUCAGUAAGAUGUGUCCUGGUCGUGAUUUAAACGAGUAGGACUAGUUUAGGGAUGCUGUCAGUAAGAUGUGCCCUGGUCGUGAUUUAAACGAGCAGGACUAGUUUGGAAAUGCUGUCAGUAAGAUGUCCCUGGUCGUGAUUUAAACGAGCAGGACUAGUUUGGAAAUGCUGUCAGUAAGAUGUGCCCUGGUCGUGAUUUAAACGAGCAGGACUAGUUUAGGGAUGCUGUCAGUAAGAUGUGCCCUGG